GUCCAAGCUGCCAGGAAGUGACUGAACACCGAGGGUGUUUAUUUGUCCCCAUCAGAAUCCCGAAUCCCAAACAGCCAACCCUGCUACUUCGGUUCCCUUCGGCUGAGUUCGGAGGCCAAGACUGGGCGGGGCCCCGGGCUCGGGAGCCCUUCCUGUGGACGACGAGAGCUGAGGCCAGGCGCGGGGAGCAGGCGGCCGCUGCUCUGGGCUGGAGGCCACAUGGCGCCGCCCCCGGCCCCGCUCCUGCUGCUGAGACCGGGGGAGACCGGGCCUGGUUGCAAGAAGCCUGCGGCCGUGAGCUUCGCGGAUGUGGCCGUGUACUUCUCCCCGGAGGAGUGGGGGUGUCUGCGGCCCGCGCAGAAGGCCCUGUACCGGGACGUGAUGCGGGAGACCUACGGCCACCUGGACGCGCUCGGAGAUGCCCCAAACAAAAAGGAAGAGGAACCCAAGACAGGGCCAGGAGCCAAAGGAUCUGAAAAGACUCCUAGGAAGGAGAGGCCUGAAGAGCUGGUUAAAAACAACCUUGACCCAACCAUCAGCAAAACCUCGGCAAAAGCAGAGCCACCCAGCAAAGCUGCCUGUGACCAGAGCGCAGGUGCGCAGCCCCCGGCCCUGGUGCCUAGUGUAGAUGCUCAGGCCAGCCAGCGGCGCCACGUGUGUGCAGACUGCGGCCGCCGCUUCACCUAUCCCUCGCUGCUGGUCAGCCACCGGCGCAUGCAUUCGGGUGAGCGGCCCUUCCCCUGCCCCGAGUGUGGCAUGCGCUUCAAGAGGAAGUUUGCCGUGGAAGCGCACCAGUGGAUCCACCGCUCCUGCUCUGGGGGCCGGCGGGGCCGGAGGCCCGGAAUCCGGGCUGUGCCUCGGGCCCCAGUCCGAGGUGACCGGGACCCGCCGGUGCUGUUCCGGCACUACCCGGACAUCUUUAAAGAGUGCGGGUGAGUGGCUCCCGCUGGCUGGGCUUGAACCUGACCUCAGCGCUAAGGACUAACUGGGCCCUGAGGGAGGCUCCUGAGUCAGGGAUUUGGGACCCAAAAUUCAUCCCUUGGUUUUCCCUCAAGGAUCCCUCUAGUUUCCAAAUCUGUAAAAAUAAAAGUGCCUGUAAAGAUUCAGAGAUUGAACUUGACACCUCCUCUCCCUAGUCUUUC